CCAAGUGUCCUGAGCAGGUUCAGGCUCUGUGUGCUGCCAUUUUGAGAGAGAUGUCACCCAGCAAUUAUCUGAUCCUAUCCUGCGAUGAAAUCCAGGAUGCAAAGCUCUUGAGUCUAGUGUCCUCCAUCCUCUUGGCUCAGGUAGAUGGACUGUGCUGUCAGGAAUCUUGUCUAGACUUCAUCACCCCUUCACUUAACUCAAGGGGAGUAAAAUUUACUUACAUGUGUUUAAAUAAGAACAGAAGGAACUUCAUGUAAAUUAAGAACAGUUUAUGCUUUGUUUGAAAUCAAAUGGCAAAGUUUUCUGUGUAUUCAAGAUUUGAUAAUGAGCUAUUUAAAAUCAAGGUGUGUGUAGCAUGAGGGGAUGAGAGCAGUGGGCUCUGUGACCUGGGGAGCGGGAAGGAACCUUUCAGUGCAAGCUCCUGUAAUAGAGUUCAAUCUAUUGCUGCUCAUGCCUACAAAGGAAAGGAUUGAAAAGUGAAUUUAUUGUGGCUUCUCACCUCUUUGUGGUGCUGGUUUUUCAUAACAUGUAGAGAUCUGCCUGGCCUAAUUUUAAAGCCUGAUCCAAGCACGGCUGAUCCCAGCGCAACCUUAGAGUGUUGAGUUGUUGUCAGAAUUGAACUAACCUGAACCUACACUUCCCCUGCAACCUGUGUAAGUGCUGCCACUGCGUCAUCCUUGGGACUUGGCUUGUUGGUGGCUCCCCAAGCCAUCCAUCUCUUCUGCCCAUGGUGGUGAGGGGUGGUCAGUAGCAGUUGCAUGACAUGCUCCUGCUGGCCAUCCCCACCUUGCUGCGCUCUGUGCGCUGCAGAGUGAGAGGUGCUGCAACUCCUUGGCCCGCUCGUUCUGCAGUGUGCACAGAGCGCAGCAAGGUUUUGGUGGCUUGCAGUAACAGGCUAACCCCACGGGCAGGUGGCGGUGGUCAGAGAUGACCCAAGCCCAGGGGGGAGGGGAGGGCUGUUUUCACUUGUAAUCCGGUUCGGGUCGUCUUGUAAGGCUCUAACGUACCUUUACUAGGGAAAGUAACUUAUUUAUAAAGCACCCCUUCUUCCCCAGAAAGCAGUUGCAUAGUUAAAAUGUAAUAAUUCCAAAAUCUAAAACCUUUCGCCUUGGCUUUUCGUCUGUGUAUUUACCCUUGAAUUAGAAACAGAACCAUGAUACGGUUUUUGCUCUGUUUUGAUGUUGCUGAGGCGUUAAUUUGGCAGAUUUAAUGCUGCUACUGCAACUCAUUACAGCAGGUGGCACUAAUGAGCAAUGUCCCACUUGAUGUAACGAAAGCGGGAACUAUUCAGCAGAGCCCCUACAAAAGGGCCCUCCUGUCGUUGGUUCUUGGCUGUCAGCGUCUUGUCUUCCUCUAACUGCAAGGAAAUGAGGUGGAAGUGAGUCACUCAUUCCAUUUGCCUACCUGUCAUUGCAGCUGUCAGUCCCGCAUACUUUGCCUGAGACUUACAGCUUUCCAGAGCUUGUAGCCUUACUGUUGCCUCCGAAAGAGGCAGCUGCAGCAACUUUCUUCCUUGGCUUCUCUGCCUCUUGCUCUUCUGUUUGUUGGGAGAGUAGACUGGCAGAUGUGAUUUUAGACAUUGGACAUUUCUAACAGGUGAAGGGCAGAUCCUCUAAGUGGCAUGUAAACUUGUUAAAAGCUGGAGAUCUGCCAUUGAUUCAUUUAUGCUUCUCACUAGAAAGCAGGCAGGGCUCCUGGAGCUGCAUGUCAGCAGCAUGAUGACAUGGUUCCUUCAGUUCCCUUUGUGUCACAGCUUUGUAACCCAGGAGGAAUGGCGUGUCCUCUUACCCUUUUCCUUUACUGUAGGUAUCCCUAAAUCAUAAGCCUUCUCUUUAAUGUGUUUCUUUGGUCCAUCUGUGUGGGGAGGGGGGGAGGGUUCCCCAGUGCAGCUCCCUCACCUCCAGAAGGUUGAGUAGCUCACCACCGAAUCGUUUACUUUUUCCUGAGUAGGACACACAUCUGGUAACUAGUGGAUGCCACAGGUUGAUGUUGAUUUACAUCCUUCAGAUCAAGAGGAUGAGGCAGACAGCUGGGGAGACUGUCAGAGACUCUGAAUACUUGAAUGGGUUUUACUUUCUGCUGGCAUGAUGGCUUUGGAGGAGGAAGAGAACCAUUUGAUACCACUAGGGCAGCCUCUCAAAAGGGAAAUAAAAAGGCUCAGGUGUUAGCAGUGGGGCAGCGUGUUGUAAAAGUCCUGGAAGGGCGACUGCCUGAGGAUCAGAGUUCACGGCACUUUCUUCCUCUACUCUCCAAGAUCAUCAGUCUAUCGCCAGCAAACCUAACUGAAGAUCAGACCAAUCUGGUCAAUAAAAGGAUGGUGGACUGGCUGAGAUAUGCAAGUGUUCAGCAAGGAGUUGCACUGCCCUCUGGAGGCUUCUUCUCCAAUCCCAGGACAAGGCAGCCUGGCCCUAUCACAGAGGUCGAUGGUGCAGUCGCCACAGACUUCUUCACAGUGCUCUCAGUUGGUCAGUAUUACACAGAGGACCAGUGGCUCAACAUGCAGGCCUUUUCCAUGCUGCGCAAGUGGCUGCUGUGCUAUGGGAGCGAGGGGGCAAACAGACCUAAUUCAGAUGACAAAUCAGAGGUAGAUGGGUCUAUCAUGUCCAUGGUCUCUGCUACCUCCACCUCCAGUCGCCUGCUUCCCCCAAAGGAGCGUCUAAGAGAGAAGGCUUUUGAAUACUGCCAGCGUCUUAUCGAACAAAGCAACCGGCGGGCCCUGAAGAAACCAGAUGGGGACCUGCAAAAAGCCUGUCUCAUUGAGGCUGUCACUAUCAUGGAUAUUAUCUGCAGGCAGGACUCCAACUAUGUGUACCGGACGCUCUCCUGCCUGAAGAUCUUGCAUGGCAGAAUCAGUGGGGACCUUGCUUAUGCCAGGGCACUGCUGCCCAUUGCUCAGUUCUUCCUGAACCACAGUGAGACAGCAGCGGUGGAUUCGGAGGCAGUUUACAAGCACUUGUUCACCAGGAUUCCUGCUCAGCUCUUCCACAGCCCAAUGAUGGCCUUUGAGUUUAUCCAGUUCUGCAGGGACAACAUCCAGUUCUUCAGAGAGAACAUCAGCAUCUUCAGACGGAGCUUCCCAAACCUCUUCAAGCUCCUAGCAUGGAAUAGCCCAGCCUUGAUUUCUGAGUUCAUGGACCUUCUGCCACCUCUGCUUGGUGCAGACACAGCCAUCGAGAUCUUUCACUUGCUGCUUGACCUGCCAUGUUUGGCGGCUGCUCUGGACAUCCAGCUGAGAUCUGCCUCUGCUCCCAUCUCUGAGAGAGCCACCUGGGAUCCUGCUGCAAAGCCAGCCAGCUGCCUGGAGGCCUUCCGCCACCCGCUCUACAGAAGCACCUUUCAGUAUCUCCUCCGCAUUGAGACCGCCCCCAGAGACCCCCCUGAGCGGUUGGCUCCUCUUCGCCAGCUGCUGGGGUCCAUGGCCAACUGUCCACGGGUUGUGCAGUGUGCAGACACCAUCCCUGUCUUACUGCGGCUCUACUUCGGCGUGGUGGCAGAGUUUGCAGACGGCCCCCUGAUAAACCAGCUGGUGUUGGUGCUGCUGGAGAGGAGUGAGCAGCUCUACGAGAUCCCGGCGUUUAAGGCUGAUGUCCAUAGAGUGCUGAGCUCCCAGCUGGUGCUUCUGUGUAAGCUGCACCCCUCCCUGGUAGUGGAACUGUCCAAGGAGCUUCUGGAGUUUUCAGGAACCGUCAGCAACAUCCGGAACAAAGAGGAUAUCUUCACCUACGUGGUCUGGGCUAUUGGAGAGUACAUGUCUGUGUCAUACGACAAAAGGUGCACCGUGGAGCAAAUCAACAAGUUCUUUGAAGCCCUGGAGGCCAUGCUGUUUGAAAUCACGCAACUCCGGCCCUCGGCCAGCAUCCCCAAGUACUCGCCCCGUCUCAUCACGGUUCUCAUGACAACGCUGACCAAACUGGCAUCGCGCAGCCAAGAUUUGAUUCCCAGGAUGUCCCUGUUCCUGUCCAAGAUGAGAGCGUUUGUUCAGAGCCCUGCCAUGGCCUCGGUGUACAGUGAGGAAGACAGUGAGGAGAUCCUGACCCGGGCUGCUGAGCUGAUGAACCUGUUGAAAAUGCCCAGUGUGGCUCAGUUUGUGCUGACGCCAUCAGCAGAGGUUGCCAGCCCACGGUUCCACCGAGACACUAACGUGUCCCUGCCUCUCGCCAUGAAGACGGCUAGCCGGCUUUUAGAAAGGGGGACUGGCUUCGUGCCAGGGUGAGGUGAUGGCAUUUCUGAGUGUCCACUGCAUAGCUCUGACUGACGAGACCUGGCUGGCUCUGUGCUGUAUUUUGACUAACCUGCUGCUAAACGGAAUAUGGGGAAGGAGGAGGGAUGAGGCUCUGCUCCAAGCUGCACCUUCCUGGAAAUGGGCAAUAAAUGGCGGAAAAGAGGAA